AUGGUCGCGCCUGGGAUCGUGGGACCGAUCAUCGCGCCGAUCGUACAAGUCGCGCUCGCGCUCGCCUAUGCUUGGUCGGUCGUUGCAGCCGCGCCGCUCAACGUGCCGCCCGUCAUGAUGCGGCCGUCGCUCGCCUCGCAAUGGCUCGUCGCGCCAGCGCUCAGCUGCGUGUGGCUCAGCGUGCCAUCGCUGCUCGCGGCCACUGCACCAAGAGGCGUUGUAGCCGCGCCGCUCGUCAUGCCGCCCGUCAUGGUGCGGCUCGCCUUGCCAACGCUCGUUGCGCCGUCGCAGCUCAUCCCGCCGCGGCUCAUCGCGCGAUCGCGACCGCCGUCGCGGCUCGCCCCGCCAUCGCCGCUCUUCGCGUCCGUACUCGGCGCGCCGUUGCUCAACACGCGAGCGACGCUCCUCGCCGCGGUAGGACAUUUGUGA